AUGUUUAUGAUAAUUGCUCAAACUCCUAAAACUUAUUUCGGUUCUGACAUUCAAAAAUCAUUAGGUUCUCUUCCUGGAUUUCCAUGGGCAAAAUACCCCGGAGAAAAACAUCUUCUGGGUCAUAAUUAUACUGGUCCGGGUACAAGGUUAGAUCUACGAUUAGACGAAAACGAUAAACCAAAACCAGGUGUAAAACCAGUCAAUAGAGUUGACGCUGCUGCACUUAAACACGACAUACUAUACAGAAAUAAAGACAUAACAUCCAAACACGAAGCAGACAAACAAAUGAUAACCGAACUUGAAAAUAUUCCAAAUCCAACUUUUAAAGAGAGAAUGCAAAGAGCAUUAAUCAUUAAACUAUUGAAAGCAAAGAUGAAAAUGGACACAAGUUUAAUAGAUGCCAACAUUUCAUAUCACGAAUAA